AGAGAGAGAGAGUUCUCGCGACGAUGGAGUCCUGGUUGAGUGAAGUGCAACGCGUGCGAAUCCCUCGGCCAAAGUUCGGCAGUGGGAAUUCGGUGCGGCGCUCCAACUCGAGCGUCCAGCAUAUCCGCCCGGAGACGAGGCAGGCAGCCCAGGAGGUCGCCAAAGCCACGGAGGAGCUGCGUCAGGCGCUUCAAGAGAAGCUGUGAUACGGAGGUGUGGCACGAGUCGUCGUUGCUGUCGUCGUCGUCGUCGUCGUCGACGUUGCUAUUACGAAGAGCGGAGGGAGAGGAUGCCGGUCCCUAUGGUCCCGAUGAUCCCGAUGAAUCCCAAGGAUAAGCGCAAGCAGCUGAUUAUCGAUAAUACACUGGGACAUGGUUUAAUUAUAAAAUCCGAUCGCGUAUUCGCUAAUUGUGAGGAUGUGCAUAUUGGAUAGCUAAAUUGCGCCGUUUUUCACGAGAUAAAUGAUCGUCCGAUGCCGGCGAUAAAUUGUUCAAGGCUUGGCUCGUCAGUUAUGUUAUCGUUGCUAGUGUCAGCAUCGCGAUAACUUUGGCUAAGGUUAAUGCUUUAUGCACUAUUUAUUCGAUAAGGCAAUUUGACCAUCCAAGCUAAAAAUAUUUGAUCGGAUUAAGCAUAGCCCAUCCGAGCAUGGCUUUCUGUCUACGAGAACAGCUAGAUGACAUUUCUUCGCGAGUAUAAAUGAAAAAAUCUUUUUUUGCCGUUAUAAUAACGCGUUCGUACAGCCUGAGAAAUAUUAUGUUCAAGAUUUUGUUAUCAUAUUCAUUCGCUUGCAUAUAAACAUUUCCAUAAAUUUA